AAUUUAUUUCUCAAUUCGUUUUUCAGUUACUCAACGUAUGCUGCAUUUGGAACGGGCGCGUUCCUUUCUGCUAUAUAUUUUUGUGAAUGGAGAUAUAUCGGUGAACACAUUCCGAUUUGGAAGAAUCACUAUGCCCCACGAGAAUUUGUUGAAGAAUAGUUUAGUAGGUCGAUUUGGAUUGAACGUUGUGGCACUGAUUUAA